AUGGCGACCUCCGCGGCGCUCUCCACCGCCGCCAACCCCACCCAGCUCUGCCGGUCCCGCGGUACGCUGGGCAAGCCAGUGAAGGGGCUUGGCCUGGGGAUGGGCCGGGAGCGCGCCCAAAGCAUCACGUGCCAGGCGGCGAGCAGCAUCCCCGCCGACCGCGUCCCCGACAUGGAGAAGCGGAAGCUGAUGAACCUCCUCCUCCUGGGCGCCAUCUCGCUGCCCACCGUCGGCAUGGUCGUCCCCUACGGCGCCUUCUUCGUCCCCGCCGGCUCCGGCGGCGCCGGCGGCGGGACCUACGCCAAGGACAAGCUGGGCAACGACAUCACGGUGGAUGAGUGGCUCAAGACGCACGGUCCCAACGACCGCACGCUCGCGCAGGGGCUCAAGGGUGACCCCACGUACCUGGUGGUGGAGCAGGACAAGACGCUGGCCACGUACGGGAUCAACGCCGUGUGCACUCACCUCGGCUGCGUCGUGCCGUGGAAUAGCGCCGAGAACAAGUUCAUCUGCCCCUGCCACGGAUCCCAGUACAACAACCAGGGCAAGGUGGUCCGUGGACCGGCGCCUCUGUCGCUGGCCCUGGUUCACGCCGACGUCGACGACGGCAAGGUCCUCUUCGUCCCGUGGGUGGAGACCGACUUCAGGACCGGCGAGGACCCGUGGUGGAAGGCAUGA